AUGUCCAAGACAAAUGCUAAAGCAUCUUCUUCAAAAACCAUCGAAGAAACUUAUAUUAAAUUAACUCCAAUUGAACAUGUACUAAAGAGACCAGAUACUUAUGUUGGUUCUGUUGAAGUUAUAACUGAAAAACUAUGGAUAUAUAAUGUCAAAGAUGAUAAACUAGAAUAUAAAGAAAUUACUUAUGUCCCAGCAUUUUUCAAAAUUUUUGAUGAAAUUCUUGUUAAUGCUGCCGAUAAUAAGAUCAGAGAUUCUUCAAUGAGUAUAAUAAAAGUUAAGAUUGAUAAAGAAUUAGGAAAGAUUUCUGUAUACAAUAAUGGUAAAGGCAUUCCAAUAGAAAUUCAUAAAGAAUUAAAUGUAUAUGUACCAGAAAUGUUAUUUGGUCAGCUUAUGACAUCAUCAAAUUAUGAUGAUAAUGAGAAGAAAGUUACUGGUGGUAGAAAUGGUCUUGGUGCAAAAUCUGCAAAUAUUUUCAGCACCCAAUUCACUGUAGAAACAACUGAUACAACACAAAAAAGAAUAUAUACACAAUUAUUUCAUAAUAAUAUGACACAAACUGAUAAACCAAAGAUCAUCAGUUAUGACGGGAAAGAAGAAUACACCAUGAUAUCAUUUAUUCCUGACUUUGAGAAAUUUGGAAUGACUGAAUUAACUGAUGAUAUCAUUGCUUUGUUGAGUAAGCGUGUAUUUGAUAUGGCUGGAACAGUAAAAGAUGUUAAAGUCUUUCUUAAUUAUAAACGUAUCCAAGUAAAAAAUUUUAAAGAAUAUGUUCAAAUGUAUUUGAAAUCAGUUAAUGCAGCUGGUGCGUCAUCAAGAACUACGGUAGUGCAUGAACAUUUUAAUGACCGUUGGGAGGUCAGUGUCACUCCUAGCGUUGAAGGUCAAUUCCAACAAGUGAGUUUUGUAAAUAGUAUUUGUACAUCUAAAGGUGGUACUCAUGUUAAACAUGUUAUCGAUCAAAUAGUUAAUAAACUUACUGAACACAUCGAAAAGAAAAAUAAGGGUGUUAAAGUUAAGCCAUUCCAAAUAAAAAAUCACAUCUGGAUAUUCAUUAAUUGUUUAAUUGAAAAUCCUGCAUUUGACUCUCAAACAAAAGAAAACAUGACAUUAAAACAAAGUUCGUAUGGAUCAAAAUGUAUAAUUGAUGAUGAUUUUAUAAAAAAAGGUAAAAUACUUUUUUUUGUUUGGCAAAAAUCUGAUAAUAAAUAA